AUGGUCGAGAACAUGUUAAUAUUAGAAGCAGCAUUACAUAAUAGCGGAAAGAGCAGCAGCAGCGACAUUACUGAGGAGUCGUUGCAGGCAGCGUAUAUGCAGAUACUGAGGCUGGCUCGCGAAGGGUUUCAGCGGCAAAAGUCAGCGUUGCAGUGCGCAAGAUGGGUAGAGUCGUCGCAGAGGGAUAUGUCUGAAAGGGCUAUCGUUCUGUCAUCACAGAGCGCACGUAGCUCUGAGGCCGGAGGUCAAUCUGCUAGUAGCCAGUCUGGACUGGCUGCCACCUGUGGCGCCGGUCUGCGCCAGCCAAGCGGGUCAAUUGCCUCGUCGUCAAGUCUGGAUUCGCUUGAUAACCUUAUACCACGCCAGCCCACGGAGACAAUACACCCAACAGAGACGGGUCCUCCAGUUGAAGCCACAGUUGCUGCCAUACAGCAGCAAGACCAGCCCUCCCAAACCAAUGCCAGCCGCAGCAGACCAGCCCAGUGUCCAAACUAUGCGCAAAUGAACCUUGAAGACCUGAAGGAAAUGGCCGAGAUGUACGGACUGCGGACCAAUACAUCCAAACGGCUUUUGGUUCACCAGCUGACCCAGAUCUGGGAGCGGAUGCAUAAAGACCACUCUAACAGUAGCGGUGAGGGAACGUCCAGGGUCCAGAAUAAAGUCGAGUCGCUGCACAGCAGACUGCGAGCAUUUAUCCGCAGUAGCACAGGCAUAUUCGAAGACGUCCUCUGCUACAAGGUGCUCGACUUUGAGCGUGUGUACCAGGCUGUAAAUGCCAGCGUGCAGUGUGACCGCUGGAUGCUUCGGAAAUUCUUCGACAGCGAGGGCAUCGUCUACACAUCGGCCUAUGGCAAGAGCAAACGCAAGGGAGGCACGUUUGACAGGCAACGUUGGCAUGGAGGCGGGGCUGGAGAGGGCUGA